UUCGUGGCAGCGAAUAAUAUAAUUAAAGUUUAAUAUAACAAUUUCAUUAAUUACAACAUUAUUUGAUGAUUAUUUAUACCGGUGUCGACCUCUACGUAUAUUUUGAAGUGUAGAUGACACAGGUGUACAAGUUGUCAAAUGAUAAUAAUGUGCAGAAUUUUACGACGAUUAUUUCCUUGAAUUUAUCGAAAAACGGUGCUAAAUAACGACUCUAUCAAUAUUAUUGUGAUAACGAACUAUUAGCGCUAAAUUUUAUCGCCUUUUCUUUUCCGACCUUUUGGUAUUCCGGUGUAACAGGAAAUAUGAUAAUUGCCCCUAUAGUUGAUUAGCUGCUGGUGUUGAUAAUAACAUGCUGCUAAUAUAUGAUAAGCUUGUGCCGUGUACGUCUGCACACAAGUUAGAAUUAAUACCAACAAGACGUUCCUUCGACAGUCUGCGGUCAGUGUUUGAUAGUAAAGUAAUUCAGAAGGUGACAGAUGUUUCAUAAAAUAACCUGAAAACUUAUCUAAAAAAUUUUAAUCUUCAUUAUUUCGACAUCAACGUUCGCGUCAUCAAGUUUAAAAUGUUUGAAAUCCUUUAUCUGGGAUUGUACUUAUUGUUCUUUGGAAGCUGUAUUGGUGAUUAUCCUGAUUGGGCUACAAAAUGGCAAAUGUGUCCCGGACUAUAUCCCAGAGUUUUCACGAGUUAUACACCUCGUGGAAAUCUUUCUAGUGGAAUAUAUACUAGUCAACCACAUUUAAGUGGUAUAAAACAUUGUGUAGGUGUAUGUUGUACUGAACCCACAUGUAAUGUGGCACUUAUGCAUAAUGGUACUUGUUACCAUGUGCAGUGCGAAAGUUCCCAAAUAUGUGUACCUCUAUAUAGAAAAGAUUUAGCAAUCGAUAAUCCACCUAGUAUGGUUCUGGUUAAACCAGUGAAAGAUGAUGAAAUAUGGAAUAUAUUAUUAGAUCAGAUAAAUGAUGAUACUGGAGGCUUGCUUAUGGAUGGUGCAGAAACAGAUCGUGUACUUUUUGGUGAAUCAAGUGAGAUAAGCUGCAUUACCAAAUCAAAUUGUUUAGAAAAUGAAGUAUGUGUCAAAAAUAAUGAUAAAUCUGAUGUUGGAAUUUGUGAAUGUUCCAUUGGAUUUAAACGUAAUAUCGCAGGUACUUGUACUUUAGUAGAGGAUAUGGAACUUGGUGUAACAGCACAAGUAAAGGUACAAAACAUAAAGGAUUCCAGUACAUCUAUGAAACCACCUAUAAAACAGUUAUUAGUUUCUGCAGUUUCGAAAGAAGUACGCUUACCAGAAAAUGAAGUAACAUUGUCUGCCUAUACUGUGCCUGCAGAGCAGGAAAAUGAACAUUAUAACUAUGCUUGGAGUCUUUUAAGUCAACCUGAAGGCCACACUGGUACAAUGACUGAUCAGAAUCGAAUGACUGUUAAGUUAAGCAACCUUUCUGAAGGCUUAUAUACAUUUAAAGUAACAGUGAAUAGUCCAAAUGCUUUUGGAGAAGCAUAUGCAAAUGUCAGUGUUUUGCCACCAAAGAGAAUAAAUCAGGCACCAAUUGCAAUAAUUUCACCAGCUUCACAAGUUGUAAAAUUACCAAAUACUGGAGCUGUAUUAGAUGGUUCUUCAAGCAAAGAUGACGAUCGAGUUAUUUCUUACCAUUGGGAAUUACAGCAAGGUCCUAUUGGAUAUCAUCCUAAUUUAGUUGAUACACCUACUUUACAGUUAGAUAAUCUUGUACCUGGAAAUUAUACAUUUAAGUUAACAGUUGAAGACUCUGAUCAUAUUACUAACUCUACAAGUGCUAAUAUAACGGUAUUGAAAGUGAUUGAUUACCCUCCUAGUGCAAAUGCAGGUCAAGAUAUCAUCAUAUAUUUGCCCCAAAAUACAUUGACUCUUAAUGGUAAUUUGAGCACGGACGACCAUGGAAUAGCAAGUUGGGAAUGGACAAAGAGUCCUUCAGAUCAGAAUAAAGCAGUAGAUAUGCAAAACACGAGGACGCCCUAUUUACAAUUAUCUAAUUUAGAGGAAGGAAUGUACACGUUUGUGCUCAAAGUAACAGAUGAUUCUGAACAAUCCUCUACAGCUGAAGUACAUGUAUUUGUAAAACCACCAACUAAUAAACCACCAAAAGCCGAUGCUGGUGAAGAUAUAACCAUAGCAUUGCCAGAAACCAAAACUGUACUUGAUGGCCGAAAAAGCAAAGAUGACAUUAAAAUUGUAUCUUAUCACUGGGAACAAGUUAGUGGACCUAAUAACGCCGAGUUUUCUGCAGUGAACGAAUCAAUUACAAACAUUACAAAAUUAACGAAGGGUGAUUAUGAAUUUAAGUUAACUGUAAUUGAUGAUAAUGGAAAUAAAGACUCGGAUACUGUUAAAGUAAAAGUUACACAAAAUAAAAAUGCUCCUCCUAAAGCAAAUGCAGGUGGUGAUCAAGUUGUUAUUGCACCUGUUAGUGCAUUGAUUAUUAAUGGAUCUCAAUCAGCUGAUGAUUUAAGAAUUAGUGAGUGGAUAUGGACAAGAGAUUCGUCUAGUCUUGCAAUAGGUACUAUAAUCCAAGAUACGGAUAAAUCACCUGUUUUAAUGUUAACAGAUGUAGUUCCUGGUAGAUACGUUUUCAGAUUAAAAGUAGUAGAUGAUCAAGGUCUUAGCAGUGAGGAUACUGUGUCCGUAAUAGUAAAAACUGAUCCACAGUUAUUACAUUUGGUUGAAUUGACGCUGAAUAUUGGAGCCAAUAUGUUGACAGUAUCACAAAAAAAUUCAUUAGUAGUAAAAUUGCAAAUGUUACUACGAGACGAAGCAUCAAUUGUUGUUCGAAAUUUGAGAGCAGAACCGCAUACGGGCAGAGCGGUUCUAGUUUUCUACGUUGAAAAGAAGGGACGGAAAACGACUAUGCCUGGACCGGAAGUAGUCAAACGACUGAAAGAAAAAUUAAAACAAGAUUCUGGACUUCUUCAAUUGUCAGUUGCAAAUAUUGAUACCGCUGUAUGUCAAAAUAAUUGUUCAGGUCAUGGAGUAUGUGAUCAGGAGACAAGACUAUGUAUGUGCGAAGCAUUUUGGAUGCAAAAUUUAAUACAGAAAUAUUUUGGCAAUGGCGAUUCUAAUUGUGAUUGGAGCAUUCUUUACGUUAUAAUAGCAUUAUUGUCCUUGGUUGUGUGUUGGGUUGGUCUUAUUUGGGGUCUUGUUUGCCUAUGCCAAAGAAUAUGUUCAGGUAAACGCCGUUCCCUCCGUGCGAAGAAGAAACCCCCUCGUUACUCUCUUUUGCAACCGGAACCGGAAGAUGAUAGUAGCACAUUUUCAACGCAUAAAAUGGUAUUAUCUGAAUCGGACACAGAUUCUGACGACGUUUUAUUUGAGCAUCGUAAAGCAAAAAACAGCAGUCAAGUAAGAAAUGGUAAAUCUCGAAAUGGCUUUAUUAAAGUGGGUUCUAGGGUGAAAACAUGAGAACAUAAAGUAUCGUAUAGCGACGCACAUUCGUGUAUAUUUGGCCAAAAAACGUAAAAUACUAGUCAGUUACAGGGCUGUAAUUUUAAGUAUGUACCUAACAAGAAAUGUAAUUUCACAUACAGAAGAGAAAUCUGUAAAAAGGCCAUCUGUAAAAAGGAAUUGAUCGGACAAAUAUACUUAAGUUCUGAUUAGACAAACUACAAGAACACGCUUACUUCGUUGUAUCAUGUUUUAUUCAUUUUAAGUGAUAUAUCAUUAUUUGUAUUGUGUGAAUUCGAAAUUUCUAUUAUGUAAUCGUAGUUGUAUCGUUGUUUGUACAAGUCAGCGGUACUAUAGCACAAUGAUCAAACUCAGUUUGAUUACGGCCUUAGAAAGUAUUGGAAUUAGUAUUUAUAAACAAUAAUCAUUCCUUAUCUAUAUAUUCUUUAUAUGUACUACUUGCUCUUUAAUAUGUAUAUCAUCAAUCUUAUUUUUACACUGUGCAUGGAUAAAUAAUAAAAUUUUUAUCCAUAUAAUUUAUGUGUAAAUUUAUUUUACUCUACACUUUUAGUUUUAAGUGGUUGUAUCCUAUGUUGAACGUUUAUAUCUUCUUAAUAUUUCACGUUAAUUUUAAUUCACUUGUAUUUUGUCAAUUACAAAUGUAUUUAAAUGGAGACCGACGAAUCUGAAUUUAACAUAAAACGGUAUAAGAUGACCAUAAUUUUGCUUCA